AUGGUACGCCUCAUUGAACCCCGCUGGAGCUCUUUUCAUAGCACGAAGCGAAUAUGCACCUUCUCGCCCGAAGGCCGUCUCUUCCAAGUCGAAUACUCGCUCGAAGCCAUCAAGCUCGGUUCAACAGCAAUAGGCGUCGCAACAGGCGAAGGCGUAAUCCUCGGCGUAGAGAAGCGCGUCACCUCCACGCUCCUCGAAACCAGCUCCGUAGAGAAGAUUGUCGAAAUCGACCGCCACAUCGGAUGUGCCAUGUCGGGACUGCAAGCCGAUGCCCGCAGCAUGAUCGAGCACGCGCGUGUCGAGAGCCAGAACCACGCUUUCAACUACGCCGAGCCACUUCGCGUUGAGAGCUGCACGCAGGCGAUAUGUGAUUUGGCGCUGAGGUUUGGUGAGGGUGCUGAGGGUGAGGAGAGCAUCAUGAGUCGGCCGUUUGGUGUUGCGCUGCUGAUUGCGGGUUAUGAUGAGGAUGGUCCGAGUCUCUACCACGCCGAACCCUCGGGCACAUUCUACCGCUACGACGCCAAAGCCAUCGGCUCCGGCUCCGAGGGCGCGCAGGCCGAACUCCAGAACGAAUUCCACAAGUCGCUUACGCUCCCCGAGGCCGAGGUGCUCACGCUCAAGACGCUCAAGCAGGUCAUGGAGGAGAAGCUGGAUAGCAAGAAUGUGCAGUUGGCUAGUGUGACCAAGGACAAGGGCUUCAGGAUCUACACUGAUGAGGAGAUGGCUGAGGUUGUUGGAAGGCUGCCGACGAACUAA